AUGAAGCUGGUGUGGUGCCCGGAGACCGCGUCCCAGGCCUUCAUCGCCGGCGUCAGCGCGCUGUCAGACUCCGAGCACGGCCCCGCGGGGUCGGCGGGCGUCGCCGAGCUCGUCUCCGCCAUGGUCGGGGGAUGGAACGCGCAGCUCGUCGCCGAGGCGCCGGAGGUCUCGGCUCCCGACUCGGCCACCACGAGCCUCGCCCUCGCCGCCGCCGCCGGGCGCACGGGAGGCCGCUACGCCCGCGUGCUGCCGGACGAGGACGCGGACCGGUCCAUGGCGGAGCUGGAGGGCGUGGACUUCUUGGUGGUCGACGCUCGGAGGCGGGACGGGGCGGCCGUGCUGGCGGCGGCCAGGCCUGGGCCGAGAGGGAUGGUGGUGGUGCGCCACGGCGACGGGAGGCGGCCUGGCACGAAGGCGCUCGAAGCGUCCAUGGCGGCAGGCACGAGGGUAGUGCGGUCCGUGUACCUGCCGGUCGACAAGGGCGUCGAGGUCCUCCACGUCGGCGUAGGCAAGGGGCCGAGCCUACAGUGCCGGCGCAGCCGGAGCGCGUCGAGCCGUUGGAUCCGGCACGUCGACCACAAAACCGGCGAGGAGCACCUCUUCCGCCGGCCGUAA